GUUUUUGAAAGCUGCUGGAGGCAGAACCUCUCAACACAUUUCAAAAGAACCUGGAUGAAGACCAAGCCUAUAGGAUGGAACAUCUUUUAAUGGCCAAGAGGUGGAGAGGGGGAAGAUUGCUGAUGGCAGAAUGGGGCAACUAGUAGUGCUACUGCCUCACAGCCCCAGCAGUGCGAAUCAAUCCUGACCUCUGGUGUGGAUUUGUAUGUUCUCCCCAAGACUGCAUGGUUUUCAACUGGGUACGCUGGUUUCCUCCAGAUGGCAGGAAAUGUGAGGAACAUAAAUGGUCUUCUGUGAUUUUCGUAGGUCUCGCAUUCAUAUUGGAAUCAUUGGAGAGUGUCAAUAAAGCUACUCCAUAAAGUAUGUGGUACAAGAACCUGGGUUCAAUGCUGACUUUGGAUGUUGUGUGUGUGCAUGUCCUCUCUCCUCACUGUGAAGACUUCCUCCCCCAUCCCAAAAAUGUGCUGAUUUGAUGAAACUGAUGCAAUUCCGUUGGCCACAAUAUCAUGUUGGAGAUGAUAUGUCCUGGAAAGACUGAAGUACUUAUCAAUCCAAAUGAGUAAUAAGAAUAAAAUUCACAUUUUCCUUGGAGCACCGGCCAUUCCGACGCAGCAGGAACCACCAGCAGCUGAGGCAGUGACUGAAGGAAGCUCUAAGAAGUGGCUUCAGUGCCACUUUUUGUAUGAUGCAGGAUCUCACACCGUCAAAAACCGUACCAUUGAAUCCUCACAGAAAAACUUUGACUGUCACAGCGUGGUGGUACAAUUGGAAAACUAUGCCAGACAGUUUUCUUCUUCAAAGUGUGAAGAAGGAAUCAUAACAGCAUCCCAAGAGUCUUCUGGUGAAGGCGUUGAUUCCUCUAGGUUAGAGCAGAGACAGAGUGCCAGGUUGUACAAUGAACAUCUGAGUACUAGAAAGAAGGGAAAACAGAGGGAGUUCAGCAACAAAAGACUGCUGGAUUUUGAAGGAGAUCUCAAAACAGAUGAAGAACAUGUCAGUGAAUCCAGCAAUGUACUUUGCACAGAAGAUGAUUUCAAGCCACCUGAGUUUGGCAAUAGACUUACCCAAAGCAAAAAAACUGAAACUGAAUCUCAGGACGCCAACAGCACAACACUACAGAACAGACCGUUGAAAGAAGAUGAUCAUGAAUUACCACAUGAGUCGCUGAUGGAAUAUCUGCAAGACACCUUUCCAAAUGAGGAACAGAAAUGUUAUUUCAAAUGCACAACAGUGAACCAAAGUUUAUCAACAGACUCUGAGUUCCUCAGUGUGUUGGCAGCCAGUCAAGCUGCUGUUCUUUUACAGAAAUGUUCAGAGAAUCAGUUUAAUUUAAAGACUAAACUGAAAACAGAUGCUGAGAUGCCCUCUCAGUUAAUGGCACCUACAUUUUGGCCUGUUAGGCCUUCUGGACGAUGUGAGAGUGAGAUGGUGUGCAGACAAGCUGAUUGUUCAGAAAGUACCCUGGAGCUUUUCAACUCAUUAAGUAACCAGCAAUUAUCUCCCAAUAGAGUUUUGGAUGGAGGGACAUCAGAGGGAUCAGAGCUGCUCUUCACUUCCAUCACUGAUAGGUCUGAGGGUGAGGAUGAGAUUAAUAUUGAACCAUACAGCGGAGGUAUCCUGUGCUCUCAAGUUGUGAACUCCACCAGGUGGUCUUUUAAAAAAAUAGUGGAAAUAUCCAAAGGUCCUGAUGAGUUAAAUAAAGGAAUCCAGAAACCUAGCUCUCCAGUUUGUCUAGAUGAAGACCAACCAUCACCCAAGAGAAUGAAGACCAUAGAGAGACCUAGAUCCCCAGAUUGUUUAGAUAAAGACCCGCUAUCACCCAAGAGAAUUAAAUCAACAGAGGAUGAGAGAACCUCUCAUCUUGGACACUAUCUACAAGCAAUGAGGGCACAGAGGCCAUCUCCUAUGCUUGGCCUAAUAGAAACAGAACAACUUGAGUGUUGCACUGACAGGAACAGCAAGUACCACAUUUUAGUCACGGUUCUCUUCUGCUGCCUCCUGAAGGAGAUAGAGAUCAAGUCAGGAUCACUGGCUGGGCACAGAGUCCCCAUAGCAACUAUUGUGGUAACAGACCAAUCAGGAAUAACCGUAAAAGUCAUGCUGUGGCGAGCUGCUGCUUUCUGGGCACUGGCUACAUUCCCUGGAGAUGUCGUACUACUAACAGAUGUGACCGUGUACUGGGACCACUGGCAGGGAGAGGAGAUGCUGCAGUCCACCAGGGGGAGUAAACUAAUCAAUCUAGGCCCCUGCUUGCAGAUUCAAGCUGUACAGUGGUCGCAUACAGUGAAUCCAGUAUCCCUGAAAGGACUUAUAGCAUAUAUUUCCCAUCACCAUGCCCACCUUCUGACUCUGGGACCUACAAGCCAUCAACAUUCAGACUCUAUGCAAUACGUCAGCCUCUGUGAUCUGCGGCCAGGUCUGGUGGUACAUGCACUACUUAAAGUCAUCCUCAUGACUGUGCUCACAGAGAACACAUACACCUACAAUGGGAAGAAGCAAAAGAAGAUUUUGCUAACCGUGGAACAGAUCAAAGAUAAACCAGGCACACUGACUCUCUGGGGAAAUGCAAUAUCGUGGCAAUCUCUGAUUCAAAAGAAAUUGGACCAUGUCUGGGACUUCAGAAUCCUGCUAGUCUGUCAAAAUCCUAUCACGGGGGACUUGGAACUGCACACUACACCUUGGUCAUCUUGUGAGUGCCUGUUUGAUGAUGAUGAAAGGGCCAUUGAGUUCCGAUCCAAAUACCAACUCAGCAAAACAGCUUGUAUUAAAGCAAAGGACAUUUCAACACUGUUAUGUACCAGGCAUUCAGCAACUUUUGAAUUAAGGACACACAUAAUUGCAAUGAAGUGGAGCACAUUUUCUUCUCUUAAUCCCUUGUUCACAAUGGAUGCCUUCACGUCAGCGGAGACCGUCUUGGCCUCUCUUUCCCAUUUAACAUACUCUGGCUGUAGAUCCUGUGGCAGUGAGCUAGAAUUUGACGAAAAUGGCAUCUAUCAGCAGUGUAUUCCUUGCUUACCAAACAAUGCCCUGAAGUUUUAUUACAGGCCCACAGUGCUUACAUUAGCAGAUGGAAAUUCCACUAUCGAUGUUUUUGUCUCAUCCAAACUAAUGGAGAAAAUAUUCCUUAAUAUUCCUCCCACCUGCCUACAAAAACCCAUAGGACCGUUUGGCAAGGUGACGUACGGCUUUAUGAUAGCAGAUUUGUGCUGCUCCUUGUUUACAUACCCUGGAGACUGUUAUGUACUGACUGUGCAAAGCCAGUUGCAGUUGGAUGAAAACAGCAUUGCCAUGAAGCAAGAUUUCUACCUGUUGGACUUCCAUCCUGACCUGUAGCCCACUAACCUAAUGUAGAAACUUGCAUGGUGAAUUCAUAAUUUCUAUAUCCAGAGGGAGAAUGGGGAGGAGAUGCUGUGGUGGUGAGUCAUUGAGGAGAGGAGAAAAUUGGUUGUUACAUCAUCUUCAAGCCGUAUUGCAGCUCAGUGAUGCACUUUAACUGAGAACUCAUGGAAGAUAAAUUUUCUAGAAUGAGCUACAGCUUGUUCUAUUCCUCUUAUUCAUUAUUGCAAUGGGAACAUCACUGGCGUUCAUUUACCAUUGCUAGUUGUGCUUGAGAAAGUGACAGUGGACUACCUUCUUAAAUAACUGUUGUGGGACAGUGCUGUUAAAGAAAGAGUUCCAAAACUUUGACCCAGCGAUGAUUGAGGAAGGAUGAUAUAUGGACCGUGGCUUUGUGGGGAUCUUUGUGGAAAUGCUGCUGUGCUGUGUCUUGUUCUGUAGGUGGUCUUAGUUUGAGCAGCAGUGCUGAAGAAGCCGUGGAUUGCAUCUUAUGCCAGAAUAUAGUGGCAGUAGUGGAUUCUAAUUGAACGAUGCAGAAGAUUUCAAGUUUAAUUCAGCCUGUGCUUGUUGCUCUCAAAAGUGUUUGCACAUCUGACUUGGCAAAAGACAGAAGUUGACCACACCUGCUAGAAGUUAUGUGGUUACCAAUUGUUUCAUAAUAGACUGCACAUUGUUGCAAAAACCAAAAUGAAAUUUUGGAAAGGCAUUGAAAUAAACUACUUUUGUUUCAUUUUA